AGUUCAGUAAGUUUAAAUCGCCGGCGCGGGGAAGGACUUGAGGAGGGCGCCGUUGGUCUUUAUUUUCCAGGUGUUUCGGGGCUAAAUUGGGGUCGUUUCUUCCCUCCGUCUGUCAAACUAUCCGUCAGCAUGUUCUCCAAGGCUAAGCUCAAGCGGUUCAACGAGGAAGUCGGCUGUGCCCCGCCGCCCACCGCCUACAACCCCAAGCUGGAGAAGAAGUUGGCAGGGGCCGUCUCCCUCGACAAGUCCCUAAGAUGGAAGGAAUGUGCAGCGGACACGCCAGGGCCAGGGGCAUACUCUGUCUCCGCCUCCUCCCGCUCCACCACCACCACCCCAAGGAAGAUGAUGGCCUCCUCUUCCUCCUCCUCCGCACGCCUAAACUCCUCCAUCUGCUCCAAUGUGUCCUCAGCCUCCAGUGGGGGCGUCUUCCUCAGUCCUCGAAUCCCUGGCCGGGCCUCAAUGCGGGGGGCAGCAGGGGGCAAGAGGGAGGAGCUGGAGUCACAAAUCAGGAAUAUGACACAGGAGAGAGAUCGGCUGAAGAGUGACAUUACUACCCUGGAGCUGAGACUGACAGAACUGCAGGGUGGAAGGAGCUCUCAGAGUGUUGAUACAAAGACGGAUCAUGAUGACGUUUUCUCUCCACACAUGACCAAUGAAGGAAGCCAGACAGAAGAUAAUUUCCUAUGCACACCUGAGGAAGCUAAUUCAGACACCUCACCCCCACCACCGCCACCACCGUCCCCGUCCUCCACUGCGUCCCUGAAGGAGGCUCUGGACAGCACGAGGGAGGAGCUCAAAUUGGCGCAGCUUACAAUUGCACAGCUCAGAGCAACAGCAACGGCACAGCAGGAGGAGGAGAAGUCUGAGCAGUCGCUGGAGUCUUUGCCGCCAAUCUUCAAGGAGCAAGUGGAUCACCUCACCCUCCUGCGGGACAACCUGGAGGCCUCGCUGCUGCAGAAGGAGGACCUGAUUGCCGAGUUGAGGCUGCAGCUGGACGAGGUGGUGGCUGACUCGGAGGAAUGCAAGCGACACAUGGAAGCUUCGCUGAACGAGACUCGCCGCAACAGGGAGGAGGUGGAGGGGCGGGUGCAGUCGCUGGUGGCACGGUACGAGACUCUUAUGAAGCAGCACAACCACGAGAGGGAGAGCCAGAGGGAGGAGCUCAUCAAGAAGGAUAUUGAGAUUGAACUCCUGAACGGAAGCUUGAGUAAUCUGAAUUCUAAGGUCUCAGAGUACGAGGAGACACUGAGCAGUCUGCAGGUGGAGGUCAGUGAGCGUGGCAGCAAGAUCUCGCAGCUGGAGGCCACGAUCGGUGACCUGAGUGAGGCGCAGCGGGAGAGGGACGAGAAGGAGCAGCAGCUGUCCGUACGCUUUAAGGAGAUAUCCAAACUGGAGGAGAGUCUAGUGGAGGUGGAGGGGGAGCGGAGGGGCCUUCUGUCCAACCUGGAGGUGGAGAAGGCAAGGGUGGAGGAGCUGCGGGCCCGGGUGCACCAGAUGGAGAUGGAGGUGAAGGAGAAGGAGGUGCUGCAGCAGUUCCUUGAGAAAGAGAUUGUGGCAAGGGAGGAGGAGGUCAGUCAGUCCAACACCAGGAUUCAGGAGUUGGAAGGGGAGCUGGAGACUGUCCGCUGCGUUGCCAUUGACCUGCAGGAGGAGGCCGAGUCUAAGCUGAACCAGAUGCUAACACUCCAGGCCACCGUCAGCGCCAAGGAUUAUGACCUCGAAGCCAAGAGUGACCUUAUUACCUCGCUGCAGCAGGAGAUGAACCAGAAAGCCAACGAGACCAUGAGCCUCCAGGAGAGAUUUGAGGUCCAGAUGAACAUGGCUUCGAAGAUUGAGGAUGACCUGUUGGCUAAGAAGAACCAGGUUGAAGCAUUGGAAGAUGAACUCAUCACCUUGAAGAUGAACCUGAGAGCCAAGGAGGAAUGUCUGUCUGAUGCGGAGGAGCGAGCGGCCCACCUGGAGGAGAACAACAACCACCUGGAGCAGAAACUAGUAGAGCUGAUGACCAAGACGGGCGACCGAGAGGCUCAGUACGUUGCAAGAAUGAAUGGCCUGGAAGGUGAACUGGACGAAAUGGGCGUCAAAUACUCCGAGGCCUUACUGGAGCACGAGGCGACGCGGAGGGUGUUGACACAGGCCUCGGAGGAGCUGGAGAAGGAGAGUCUGGUGAGGCUGGCGGCCGAGAGGGAGCUGUGCAGUGUCAAGGAUGAGCUGCAUCAGUGCCUGGAGGAGAAGGUGACGGCGGACACCCACCUCAAGGAUCUCGUUAGGAAGUACACGAACCUGGAAGAUGCCCUGGCAUGUGAGGAAGCCGAGAACCGUGACCUUGAGGAGCGGCUGGAGGAGGCUCGUAUUGCAGCGGCGACGACCCACAAUGAGUUGACCACAGCGCAUGUUGCCAUUGAAGGGUUCAAGACUCAGAUUAUACAGCUCAAGAUUGACAUGCAUAAGAAGUGUGAUGCCGUGGAGGAGAUGCAGCAGUGUAUCGAGACCCUGAGGGAGGAGAAGCAGCACCUCACCUCCCUGAGAGACAACCUGGAGGACACCGUGGACUCGCUCCGCCACCAGGCCGCCGCCACUGAGAGGGAGGCAGAGGAUGAACGCAUGACCUUCCGCUCAAGAAUAUCCGAUCUCGAGAACCACUUGAAGGAGGCGGAGGAGCAGGUGGAGAAGGAGAUGGUGAAGGUGGUGAGUGCUAAGGAGGAACUGUGCCGUCUGGAGGAGAGGGAGCGGGAGGAGGUUGGAAGAGUGGCCCAGCUGACUGCCAGGGUGGAGGAGCUGGAGGCUGACUGUGAUGGCUACAAGGACCAACUGAAGAACCUGGAGACCUCCCUACAGGACAAGACCAUGGAACUGGAGGCCCAGCGGCAGGAGAUGAAGGCCACCACAGCCCUGCAGACCACGGCCAACACCCUCAGGCAGGAGGUGGAAGCCCUCAACACCACCUUGACCACCAAGACCACACAGCUGGACACCCUUACCACCAGCCUCUCCACGAAGGACCAGGAGCUGCAGGCACUGAAGAAGGUGGCUGAUGAGAGGGAAGGAGACCUACAAACCAUAGCAAAACUGAGGGAAGAUCUGGAAGCCACCACAGAGGCACUGACAAGGUUGGAGGAAGAGAAGGAGGACACUGCCGCCCUGAGGCAGGAGAUGGAGGACUGGAAGGCCAAGUUCCUCCACCUUGAGAGAAUGAUUGAGCCAUUCAGAGCACAGCUAGAUGCAUAUGAGGUGGAGAAGAAUGGCCUGUUGGAGCAGAGCAGUGCAGCCAAGGAUGAGGUGGACAAACUGAGCCGCCAGUACGCAACGCUGCUCGGACACCAGAACCAGAAGCAGAAGAUCCACCACGUACGACAACUCAAGAUUGACAACAAUGCACUGAAAGAGGAGGUCCACAAGCUGCGCCAGGAGGUUGAGAGGAAUCGAAAGACAGUCCGUCGGAUGGAAGAAAAACUACUAAAGGCCAGCUUCGGGGGAUCCACCACCUCCCUCGCCUCCACCACUAAGCUUGCAGACACCUCCACCACCAAGCUUGCAGACACCUCCGCCAGGCUGUGUGUUGGAGACAAAGAAAACAGCUCAAAGUUAUCUGCCACUGCCACCUCAUUCUUUGAGCCUACACCCAGUCUGGCCUCCACCCCACUCAAGCCCAGCAAUGGGCACAAGUCAAGCAACAGGACCCACCAUAGACUUUAAAAGUAGUGGCUUUUAUAGCAUUUUAUGGGGGGUGGAAAGGGGUAUAUAAGGAGCAAAAAUGUAGCCGAGUAUUUCAGGAGGAAGGGAGGGAGUAUUUUAUUAAAAGUUUUAGUAAGAAGGAGCAUUUUGUUUCUAGGGUUGGGGUCCUUGUUAUAUAGGCUGUGGUUAUUCAGUGGCAUCAUUUAUGCAGACUUCCAUAGUAUGCUGUUUAGGAGUAAAGUGUUAGACCUAAACUUGCUGCUUGAGCACAGCCCAAUAAUAGGCCAGUAUUUUUAAUAUUUUAAGUGAGGAUUGUUCUGAUAAGAGCAUACAUAUAUUUUUAUAUUCAGAGGAUUUUUAAGGCUUUGUUUUUCAUAUUAGUGCUCCCCCACGCAUUUCAGUUUGCAUACUUGUUUAGGAAUAGUUUCAUAGGAAAUAAGUGCAUUUAGUGCCAUUUUUUCUUGUAAUCUUUAAUAAGUGUCUUGCCUUUCAUUAGCUUUAAGCAAUGGGUUGUGACCAGUGAUUUCAGUUUUUCCAUUUGUAAAUAGUUGUCAUUUCCAGCAUUCUUACUGCUGUUAGCAGUUAUUAUUAGUACUUCAUUCACAAUCAUAAUUAUAGCUACAGGGAAAUUGGUAAACUAGGAAAAUAAUAAUUAUGAAUUUAUUUUUACAGAACCUUAAAGACAUUAGUAUAGUGUAGUACAACUUUUAAGUAUUAAGCCCACCUGAUAGGUAAUUUUUAUGUAAUAAUAAAGUAUGAGAGAA